AAUCUCGCAGUACUGCGCCUACAGCCGCAGGCGCAGCUCGUGUGGGACACUCUCACUUUAUCGCGACGUCACAGCACAAUUCACUCGUAACAAUACUUUCAAAGAGCUUUGUAAAUAUUAUAAGACAUCGUAUUUUUAACACAAGUGUGAAAAUGAGUUCGGAAAAUUUUCCUUUUGAAAUUGAAGACUUGGAGGCGGGAUUGGCCAAACAAUUAAUGGAAUGUUUUACUGGUGAGAUGACCGGUUUCGUUCGCGUGGGGCCAAAGAAAUACUUCUUCCCUCAGAAGUACAAGGAGGAAGCUGCGAAAAUUUACAACAUGCCGAUAAAACCUGACGAUGUCUUCGUCACCAGCUACCCACGAUCAGGAACUACGUGGUCCCAAGAGUUGGUAUGGAUGGUCGCAAACGAUCUAGACUACGAGAAGUCUAAUGCCAUACCGCUCACUGAACGAUACCCGUUUUUAGAAUUCUCGAUUUGUGUCCAUCCAGAAAAUAAAAAGAAGUUUGUAGAAGAGAACAGCCACAGUAAGGAGAAUCUAGAACUCCUGGAGGCGGUCACUCAGCCAGGCACUGACCAGCUGGCUGUGGCUCCAUCCCCGAGGUUCAUCAAGUCUCACAUGCCUCUAUCUCUCUUGCCCCCCACGCUGCUUGACACAGCGAAGAUGGUGUACGUAGCGCGUGACCCCAGGGACGUUGCCGUGUCGUUCUACCACCUGAACAAAGUUAUGAGGACGCAAGGAUACACAGGCGACUUCAAAACGUAUUGGAACUACUUCAUACAAGAUUUGCAUCACUGGGCACCGUACUUUGAACACCUAAAAGAAGCUUGGGAGAAGAGAGACCACCCUAACAUGCUGUUCUUGUUCUACGAGGAACUUUCGAAGGAUCUGCCUACAUAUGUGCGUCGUGUAGCAAAGUUCUUCGGCAAGGAAUACUCAGACGAAGAGAUCGACCGCUUGUGUAACCACCUCAGCAUCGAAAGUUUCAAGAACAACAAGUCAGUCAACUAUGACGUCAUGAAGAUCCUCGGUAUAAUGAUACCUAGCGACCAAGCUUUUAUCAGAAAAGGUAAAGCUGGAGGCUGGCGCGACUACUUCGACGACGAGAUGACACAACAAGCUGAGAAAUGGAUCGCGGAUAACUUGAAGGAUACUGAUCUACGCUUCCCUCAUUUGAAUCAUUAGUUACGUAUUGUACAAUAUAGCAUAGAAAGAAAAGAACAUAAAGGGUGAUAAACAUUUAUUUAAGUAACAUACUAUGUUCCAGUUUUCUUUGUAACACCAUAUUUUAAGUAUACAUUGACUUUGAAAUUUCAAAGAAAGCACUAGCAAUAAGUAAACAAUGUUAAUUCCAAUCGUGUCUCAAUAUCAUUCACUGUGUCCGGUGUAAUAAAAUUUAUUUACUCAUAAAUAAAACAAUGUCUCAGUC